CAGGAAAACAGGUGUCCACACCACGCCGGCCAGAAGCGCGAUGCCUUCCUCUUCCUCCAUCGACCCUUACCAUAGCGUUGUCGGCGCCACCGACCUCGACGCCUCCGCCGCCGUUGUGCCGUCGAGGGGGCGGUCGGGGCGCGGACGCCCCGAGGAGUUCGCCUCGUUCCUGCGCACGCAGGACGAGGUCGACGCGAUCUGCAACGAGCACGGCGUCCCCAAGGAGUUCAGUGCGCGCCCCGCCGGCGAGCUGCGCGCGAACUCGAGGCCUCCACCUGGUGCCAUCUGCGUGUGCUCCCGGGCGUUGGAGGCCGGGAUGCCCGUCCCGCUACACGGCUUCUUCCGCGAGGCGGUCGCCCACUUCGGCCUCGCGCCGACCCAGAUCACGCCCAACGGGUGGCGCAUCAUGGCGGGCUUCCUCGUCCUCUGUCGCUCCGUCGGCGUGCGGCCGUCGCUCGCAGUGUUCCGGCGGUUGUUCCUGCUGUCCAACGUGAGGCAAAGGCAAGGAUGGUACUUUUUCCGAUCCAGGGACAGGGACAGCUCCGGCUUGCGCUUCACGGGGAUGCCCCACCCGAACUGGAUCUCCUUCAAGUACUGGAAACAAGAGUUCUUCUUCCUCUCGUCGCCGGAGCCGUGGCCUUGCCCCGUGGAGUGGGGCGAGCCAUCAAAAAGCUCCUUCGCAAACCCCGUGCUCACCGGCGAGGAAAAGAAAUCAGCGGCGAAGCUUCUUCGUGCUCACGGCGGUGCCGCCGUUGAUCUCAGGACGUACCUCUGUAAGAGCAACCUUGCAGCCGCCAUGGAGAGCACUGCAUUCGCAUUGCUGCCCCCGCCGCCGGCGACUUCUUCCCCUACCUGUAUUAUGUCCAGUUCCGAAGGGAUGGAUCCUUCUGUCUACCACACGAGGAAGACUAUGCUGGCAGAGAAGGCAGCCGCGCAGGCGUCGCCGCCGUUAUGCUUGAAGAAGAGGAGCCUGGAGGAAGCCAACGGCAAGGACAGUCUGCCCCCUUCAAUGCUGAACACGGCGCUAUCAUCCGGCGUGUGCUCGCCACCGCCAGGCUUCGCCCGGAAGCCACGACGCUUCCCCAGCAGGCACGACGGAGACGGCACGGGCUGGGUGGCUACACGGGAGCAGGAGAAGACGAAGGCCGAGCUCGCCGCGACGGGGGCGGAGCUGGCGAAGGCGACAGCCAGGCUCGCCGCGGCGGAGGCGGAGGUGGUGAAGGCGAUGGCAGAGCUCACAGCAGCGACGCGAGCAGCAUAUGCGGAACAGGAGAAGGCAAGGCCCGAGCUCGCCGUGGAGGGGGCGAAGGCCAGACUCGCCGCGGCGAAGCGUGCGCUGGAGGAGGAGCUGGAGAGCGUCAAGGCGGCGGCGGUGCACCAGCUCCUGUGCUGCGAGGAGCACGUGCGGCGGCGGGCGGAGCAUGCGCUGGAGGGGUACCGGCGCUGGCGAACUGCUCGUGUCGCUUGGUUAGCUCGGUGAUCAGAUUUUUUGACUGGAAAUGUUCUUCAGGACUUCAGCUUCCGUUCAUCGGCGGAGCGUCAGUGGAGAUCAGGAACACAUCUUUGCCUGCUCCAUGCGCUCAGGUACUGUACGCAUACGACACGUGGCACUGAUGUCCGCAGAACGGUUCUGUCUUGGACAUCAUUUCGCUAGUGAGAGCAUGUCAAACUGGUAAAACAGAAUAAUAACCGCCGAUUUACGGGUUUAGUUUAAAAAAAUGAUGUAAAUCAGUAAUUGUAAAUACGUUCGGCCCGAAUUUUUUUUACAGCUCACACCUGAAAA